ACACCCAAAAAGAUAUUCAAAAGACCUAAUAUAAAGUCGAAAACCUUUACCUUUAAAAUUCAACGUUGUCAAACGUUUACAUGUGACGUCACGAUCAGCUGUUGAGGCAGAGCGUUCCCCUCUUCCGCCCAUCGGUUCUCGACAAGACCAAGACGAAACUGGGAGACAUUCUCGUGAUUGCAAGCAGCCAGCAUGUCCUACCGAGAGAUAAGAAACCUGGUGGAACAUCUACGAGCCCUGGGCUUCACAAGACUGGUGUCAUUGGAGAAUUUUUCAGUGCCCAAUUUCCCGCUAGUGGCAGAGAUCCUUACAUGGUCCAUCAAAAUGGUAGACAGUGAUUUUGACAUUGUAGACUCUACUGAGUGUGAGCAGGACCGUGUGAUACUCAUUCGCACAGCAGCUGUCUUCUUUUAUCAGAAAUUAGGACUGCGUCUAAACACCCUGCGUUUGUAUGGAGCAGACAAGCUUGCUGUACGAGAAUUGCUCAAAGUAACUUCUGGUCUGUAUCAGGCAAUGCAGACAGCAUUAAACCCAAGCACAUGCAAUGUAGAAGAAAUGGAAAAUCAGAAGUAUUCAACAUCAUUGUCAGGAAAAGAAUUGCGGGAAGUACGUCAACUUGCAUCAACUAUUGUAAUGGAUGCAACUACGCUGCAUGAUGGUUUGCAAAGAGAAAUUGACAACAAGAGCAAAAGGCAAGCAGUGUUGGAGCAGGCUAUAGAUGUAGAUUGCAUGGAAGCGACAGUUGUUGCAGCUCUGCACUCAUUUUCUGCUGCUAUUGCACAGAUCAAUGAGUCCACUGAACAGCUAGUUCAUCAGGGAACAGAGAUUGAAGAGAAAAUAGAAAAGAAGAGGGAAUCAUUAGCUAGAAAUAAGAAAAGACUGGAGGCACUGCAAAAGAUCAAACCAACUUGGCAAACAGAAUUUGAACAAGAAGAGAAUGAGUUGCGUCAAGUGUGGGAUGACUAUAUCACAAAGCAUAAGAAUUUAAUGUACUUAGAACAUCAGUUGCAAGAACUAGAAGAACAACAGCAGCAGCAAUUAAAAAACACCCUGGCCUUAGCUGCUAAAAGAGAAAGAGAGGGUGCACUGGCUGCUCUAGCCACUGCUGAAUCAGAUGUGAAUAGCUCACCUGUUAGAUCUUACCAACGUGUAUUUGGAAGCAUGACAGGAGGCAAUGAUGAGUCCAGUUCAGACGACUCCUUCCUGGAGGAGUCUGGAAGUGAAGACAGCCUCACCCUUUCAUCUGUUGUAGGAAACAAGGGAUCUGAGUAUCCUUCACUAACAUCAAAUGCAGCCCCGUCUUCCUCAAAUGUAGUAUCAUCAGAAGGUCUGUCCAAAUCAUUCAGCAGUUAUCAGACGUCUGUGGCAACCCUCGCAGGGAGACCGAUCUCUGCUCGUCCCACGUCAGCAAGACCAAAGUCAGCCCACUCAGGAUCUAGAGGCAGCAAUUUAAAUGUCUGGACAAAUGUCAAGGGAAGUGGGAGAGUCUCUCCAUUGUCGGCAUCAGAAGAUAACAGUGAUGAUGCCUUUUAGAGGAAGAUGCAGCUAGUUUUGAUGGAUUAUAUUUUUGUAACAAUAUUUCAUAUUGACUGAUUGUAAUGAUUUUUGAGAUGUUUGUGUCAUAGAGCAGAUUUUUUUGAUUAGUGUUUGGUGAUACUUUGAUAUAUGAAUGUGUAUCAGUAUAAUUACAGUUAUAAUUAUAAUGAACCAGUGUUUGGUGUGUUUAAUUAUGAUAAUGCCUGGCAUAUAUAUAUCCUUAAAAGAUAAUGUUGUGUGUUGCUUGUAUGAGUUAUUGAAUAUAAUAUAAAUUUUA